UUACAUCUUUCUGAAGACGGCAGAUAAAUCUCAACACCGUUAGAGCACCAACGAAUACACAAAACCCGGUCUUCUUCUACAGGCCAUCGUUUCUUUUGUCUUUCUCUGUGUCCAGUAAGGCACAUUUUCUUCAAGCUGAAGAUUUCUCUGACAGGUGGGAUGAAAUGCACAUUCUAUAAGCGAUACAGUAUGUCGUUUAAUCUCUUUUACGGCUUUCGAGUUUUUCAGCUUUUCAAAAACAUUUUGCAUCGUAUCUUGUGUUGACAUCGAGAUUCAUCAUUUAAUGAUAACAUUUUUAUAUGCCAGAAAGUAUUUAGAUUUUUGAUAGCCAAAAUGUACGAUUCCAGAACACAAGUGUUUAUGAUUUUCUUUUCAUUUUUCAAUCGAGCAGUUUAGUUUAAUAGCAUGUGACUGCUGUUCAAAGUGUGAUUCGAUGCUGUUUAAAAAUGAUUCGUAACUAACUAUUAAGUUAAUAAAAGUUUUGUGCCUGCAGGUAAUCCUGCAUUCAUAAAUGAAUGAACGUUUCAUGUGAUACUUUGGAUCUUUGGAUUUUCCAAGGCACAGUACUUUGAUGACUUUUGCAAAACUCUUCACACAGUUCUCCUAACUAACUUUCAACUUGGCACAGCAGUUCAUUUCAAAAUCAAAACACUUCGUAUGUCUCAGAUCAGCACAUUAAAGCAAAGGUUUUCACCCAACAAACACACAUUGUCACUUAUAAAACACAGACCUAAAAAACACUAACUAACAUUAUACAGUGUUUCCUUUUGUAUUUUGUUUUACAAAACAGGAAUGACUCUCCCUACUGUUUACAAUUCACUGCAUGUUACACAUUUGAAGUUUAGCAAAUGAUUUAUUCCAAAUGGUUCAUUUAGCUGAUUUUUGUGCCAUGCUGGAAAUAUACAUUUUAAUGUUUUUAUAUAUAUAAAAGAGGACUUGCGAAUGUUCUCCCCAAUGGAAAAUACACAUCUUCGGACCAUGAUUAAAAAUUACACAAAAAAUAAUCAUAUUGACUUAUGUGAUAUUUUGUCUUUUGCGUGUUUCAGAUAAUGGGCGAGUUUCACUGAAUGAUGAAGAAUAUGUCCCAUCCGCUGUUUAUUUUGUUCUUUCUACUGAGACUCUUGUGUGAUGUGUCUAGCGAUGGAGUGCAGACAGGAAUGGUCAACUCUCAUGAUACUGAGAUCCCAGAGAUUACCAGAGAUUAUUUAAUUGGAUCAAAAUGUGCCGUGGUGUGUUCAGUGUCGAGUGUGUCGCAGGCGAAUCUCACGUGGUAUAACGGAAGCAAUUUAUACUCCAGCGUCAUGAUUUCUGAUUUCAACACCAAACUCUACUUAGAGGUGGAACAUCAGGAUAAAAGCAACUACAGCUGCGUGCUGUCCAGUACACACAUCAAUAGCAUUAUAUAUUUAAACGUUUCCCGUCUGUGUCAGUCAUGUUCAGGUGGAACAAUAAAAAUGAUGCCAGUGAGUGAGGGAGAGUCGGUCACUUUAUCCACAAACCUUAAGGAAAGACAAAAAGACAUGCAGUGGUAUUAUUAUGAAAACUCGUUUAUCUGGAAACUUCUUGAAAACACGACUAUAUACCAUAAGCAUGAUGAUGGUAGAUUCACAAACAAACUGCAGGUGGACAAUAACACUGGAUCUCUUACCAUCAACAACAUCCGUGAAAUAAAUGCAGGGCUCUUUCUACUGAUCACUUAUAAACCACUCAUGGAUCAACUAUGUUAUAAAGUUACUGUGAACGACAGACCAACAAUGAUGUCGGUCCAUGAAAAAGAGUGUGCCAUUAUACCCACUAAUCUUACUGAACAGAACGAGGAUUGCAUAGACUGGUUGUAUAAAGAUGCUGUCAUUGCUGAACUCCGUAUAAAUCAGAGCACAAUCCAACAUUAUGAUGGUAGAUUCAAAGACAGACUGCAGCUGGACAAUAAGAUCGGAUCUCUCACCAUCAAAAACAUCAGUAAAAUUCACUCUGGACUCUAUAAACUAAAAAUCACUAAAGAUUACGAAAUAAUAAGCGAGAGGUUUAAUGUUACUGUCUAUGAUCAUCUGCCUGUUCCUGUCAUCACCAGAAACUCUUCUCAAUGUUCUUCAUCAUCAGAAAGAUCUUCAGUGUCAAAAUGUGUGUUGUUGUGUUCAUUAAAACAACGACAACAAUUCUAG